AUGAUAUCCACUAAAGCUACGCUUAACAAGGUCAAAACAAAUCUUACUCACUACUGCCUAUGGUUAAACGUCUCAGAGGUCCGGUUCUUUGACAAAACCGUCAACGAAACAAUCUCCGUACUUAAAGGUCAAAACCCAAAGGCUGAUAAUGACUCAGGCUGUGCUAAUAAUUAUGAUUACGUCCUUCCUGUGAUGAAGGAUACCAAAUUGACUCUUCAAACGAUCGACCUUAUCUUUUAUCAUCUUGAGUUGAAUGAAGGUUCCCCUGUCGACAAACUGGUAUUAGGAAUCAUGGAUUUCGACGGUACUAUCGUCUACUACAAUAUACAUCCUGGUGUCCAUAAGCCGAAAAAUUCUUAA